AUGACAGGUCGUCUUUUGACUGCCUGUGGUCACGCCUCUGAAACGGGCUCCAAAUUAACCCCCUUCACUUCACAACUUUGGUUAAUCCGAUUCGUUCUACUCAAACAAACGCACCAGUACGAGAUAUUGGAGAAUGAGCUCGGUACUUUCGAUAGAUUGGAUAAUCCGGAUGUUUAUUUCGAGCACGAUCCUGCCACCUACAAGGGUCGUAAAGGUUCAAUGAUCCCUUUCUCACUGCGACUCCUCCAUGCUGAAUUGCCAUAUUACUUGAAACGAUCUAAUGAAGCAUUAGAUCGUCUUUAUUUCCUCUCCGCCGUUGUUUCACGAAUGAUCACUAAUUUGACCAGUGACUAUACAGAGGAUGGACGUGACAAUUGCCCAAGCGAGGCCUAUAAAAACAGUUCGUUGAUUUUGUGGAGACGCAGGCAAUCUAAAAUCCUCUCAAUUUGUUUGUCAAUCUACUUGAGCUUGAAAGAUUAUCCAUCGGCGAUCGAUACAGUUUAUCAAAUGAUUGAGAAAUUAAAGCCUCUUGGUGAACAUCGAUUUCUUUAUGGAACGUUGGGUCGUAUUUACAUGGAGUUUGGAGAUGUUGAAACCGCAGAAAAGAUGUUCACCGAGUGUCUUGUGGAUGCGCCACCUGAUUUGAAAUCAACACAAGUGCAACGACUAAUGUUUAAUGCGAUGCUCCAAAUCGGAAAUGGUCGUUUCGACGAAGCUAAACGGUCGUUUUGGGAGAUUUUACAGCUCGAUCCUACCAAUGUGGCUGCAGCCAAUAACCAAGCCGUGUGCUUUCACUUCACAAGUCAAAUGGAUGAUAGCAUUCGAAUUUUGGAGACUCUAACGACACCGUUCAAUCAACACCAGCCUUUGGAAGCCUCUGGUGGACAUACUGUUCUUCCACUCCCUCUUCAUGAGACACUUAUUUCAAAUUUGGCUGUACUGCUUGAGGCGGAAUCGGAUAAGUCGCAGACAAAGAAACUUAAGGUUCUCGAACGGAUUGCCGGCUUAGAUGGCGAAAAGGUGGCGUUCAGCUCUUUUCGUCUUCCAACUUCGAAAGUACCCUGA